AUUUAGGCGUCUUUGUGUCCGGUAAAGGACGUCUGCUGUGUGUGUGUGUGUGUGUGUGUGUGUGUGAGAGAGAGAGAGAGAGUGAGAGGCGGAGGUGAGAGAGAAAGUAGUAGUUUAAUAUUUUGUCUUCACAUAUUCUUUUAGCUAGAUUUUUAUUGAAUGCAGGGCACUCAGUUAACUACACGGACUCUGUUGUGGACUGGUUGAGAAGUGGGAAGUUUAUGUGCUGAGGUUUUACUGCUGUUUGCCAUACCAUGGAGAGAUGUCCUUGUGAUUUGGGUGAGGUAACAGCGUACCAUGAUGAAAGCCUUCAGUCAUUUGAAGUGGAACCACGAGUACAGCUCACCCAAAAGGAGCCCAAGGCGGGAGAGAUGGAGGAUGAAGAGAUGUUGUCAAGCAUGGAUCCUCACCCCUUUCUGUCCUUAUUCCCGCUAGAGGAGUUUGAGUUCCCUGUCAGCAUUCGCCUGCAAGAGUUGCCCCUUUUCCCCCAGUGGCACCUCCCUCUCAAGCUCAUGGCUGUUUUUCUGGCUGUAGCUUUUGUGUACACAUUCCUUCGGGACGUGAUGCAGCCUUAUGUGUCUCAGAGUAAAAAUGACUUUUAUAAGAUUCCCAUCCUGGUGUUAAAUAAAGUUCUACCCUGGACAUCAAUCACUCUGUUGGCACUUGUCUAUUUACCUGGAGGACUGGCUGCUCUACUGCAGCUACACAGAGGCACUAAAUACAGCUCUUUCCCAGUUUGGCUGGAAAACUGGAUGGGUGUGAGGAAACAGUUGGGUCUGCUGGCCUUCCUUCUUGCCUGCCUACACGCCAUUUAUAGCCUGAGCUACCCAAUGAGACGCUCUUACAGAUACAAACUCCUCAACUGGGCUUACCAGCAGGUACAAGAGAAGAAGGAGAACUCAUGGGUAGAGGAUGAUGUCUGGAGGAUGGAGAUCUACAUCUCACUGGGAAUCCUAGGACUGGGCAUUCUGGCCUUGGUGGCCAUCUCCUCGCUGCCUUCGGUUAUGAACACACUAAACUGGAGAGAGUUCCAGUGUGUCCAGAGAAUUCUGGGACAUGUAGCCCUCUUUUUGUGCAUGGCUCAUGCUCUGGUGUAUGGAUGGAGGAAGUGGGUGGAGCUGAAGCACUAUGUAUGGUACACACCGCCAUCAUUUAUACUGGCCUCCUUCCUGCCAGGUGUGGUGUUACUGCUCAAGGCUGUGUUGGCCAUGCCCUGUUUCAACAAGAGACUGGAACGCAUUCAACAUGGCUGGGAAAGACCUGGGCGAAAGGGACUAAUAGACAAGGACUCACUCUGACUUAAAUUUGUGUUUCAUGAAUGUUGGGUUUUAAGUCAUGGUUGUUUUGCAAAGUGCUGUAUUUCACAACUUAUGAAUGAUGUUUAAUUUUUUUGUACUAUAAUGCAUCAGGACAUUUAGGUAUGAACUAAUGUGAUCUUUCUUUUCUACUUAUUUUACAGUAGUUAUUAAUUGGAAAUACAGUACAAUUAUGUAUAUUGUUACUACAGCAUAUUGUUCUGUAUAAAUGAAAAGAAAUAAAAUGUUUUGUGACUGAUA